GAAAUCCAAGAUCAAUCGACGAGAAUGCCAUUGCGAAAGUUAUUCAAGAUUUACUUUGGGAUAGGAAUAGCAUUGAUGCUUUCUUUCAUUGAUCAAACUGGUGUGUCGACUGCUGCACCUGUCAUCGGGACUGCUUUGGGUGGAUCAAGUUCUAUUACUUGGGUAGGAACAUCAUUUUUCGUAGCCAACUGUGCCAUGCACCUCGUUUACGGUCGUCUAUCCGACAUUUUCGGGCGGAAAACAAUGUUGCAAGUCGCCGUUUUCUUUCUCGCUUUCGGUAACCUGCUGUGUGGGUUCGCCAAGACGCCGGUGCAGUUGUACAUCUUCCGUGCGAUCAGCGGUAUGGGUGGCGGUGGUGUCAACGGAAUCGCUAUGACUAUCGUCUCUGACAUUGUCCCUCUCAAAGAUCGAGGAAAAUACCAAGGUCUUAUCUCUGCCGCAUGUACCGGUGGAUCAGCAAUCGGACCUUUCAUCGGUGGUGGUCUUGCGUCCUCCGGCCAUUGGCGUUGGCUAUUCUGGAUCACGACCAUCUUCGGUACUUUGUGUAUCAUCAUGGAUCAUUUCGUUCUCCCUCUCAAACCUGUCCAUGGAGAUAUCAGAACUAAACUCAAGCAAAUUGAUUACCUCGGUAUCUUUUUGAGUGCCGCAGGAACUGUCCUCUUGCUCGUUCCCAUUUCCGGUGGAGGGUCAACUUUUGCAUGGGAUAGCGCAGCUGUCAUUGGAUUGUUGGUUUCUGGUGGAGUUUGUAUGAUCGGAUUCUUCCUGACACAAUGGAAAUUUGCUGCUUUACCUAUUCUUCCUCUGCGUCUCUUCAAUGAUAAAACAGUCACUGUGGUCAUGAUUCAAUCCUUUUUCAUCGGUAUGAUCUACUACGGCAACAUUUUCUACGUUCCUAUUUACCUUCAAUACGUCAAAGGGUACUCAUCCCUCGUCUCUGGUGCAUGGAUUUUGGUCACCACACUUCCCAACACUGUCUGGGGUAUUUGGAGUGGUUUUUACAUUAGUAGGACGAACCAUUACAAACGGAUUAUCGUUAUUGGUGCUCUUCUUUGGACCUUAGGUCUAGGACUCCAGAUCUUGUGGAAAGAAAGCACUCACAUUGCUGUUGUUCUCGUCAUCCUUUUGAUCAACGGAUUCGGAGUUGGUUGGUCACUCCAGACGACUAUGGUUGCGGCUUUAGCAACAACGCCUGCACCGGAUCGUGCGGUCGUCACUGCUGCUCGUAAUUUCUUCCGUACCAUGGGUGGUGCUUUUGGACUUGCC